CUCUCACUCACUUAAGUAUACGUAUCCGCAUCUCCCCAAUUCCUCCCAUCCUACAACUCCCACCCUCCAACCUCCAACCAAUUCAUCCGUCCAUUCACAUAUACUCCAUCUACCAAAAUGCGCCUCCCAACUCUCGCCACCCUCCUCACCCUCUCCCUCACCACCCUCGUCUCCGCCGCCGACCUCGGUAUCGAAGUCACCCACGCGGUCGAAUGCACCCGCAAGACCCAAAACGGAGAUACAGUGUCCAUGCACUACCGGGGCAAGCUCGCCUCCGACGGAUCCGAGUUCGAUGCUAGUUAUAACCGCGGCACUCCGUUGAAGUUCAAGCUUGGUUCGGGGAGAGUUAUUAAGGGAUGGGACCAAGGUCUCCAGGACAUGUGCAUUGGGGAGAAGCGCACGUUGACCAUUCCGCCGGAGCUGGGAUAUGGUGAUCGCGGUAUUGGACCGAUUCCUGGCGGUGCGACGUUGAUUUUUGAGACGGAGUUGGUGGGUAUUCAGGGGGUUGAUAAGGAUGAGUUGUGAUCAGUUUUCUUCUCAAUUCCUUUUUCUAUAUAUAUGCAUGUGGGGUAUAACGAUAUGGGUCUAUUUGUAUCGUC